AUGGCUUUUCAUCUCCAAUGUUUACUUGUGCUUGCCAUGACCACAUUUCUCACGAUACCUUCCCAUGCACAACUCACUCCUAAUUUUUACAACGAAGUUUGCCCUCAGGCAUUGCCAAUCAUUAAGUCAAUUGUUCAGCAAGCAAUUUCCCGUGAACGACGCAUGGGAGCAUCUUUACUGCGUUUGCAUUUCCAUGAUUGCUUUGUCAAUGGUUGCGAUGGAUCAGUUUUACUUGAUGACACCCCAAACUUCAUUGGCGAGAAGACAGCACUCCCAAAUAAAGGUUCAAUUAGAGGUCUGGAAGUGGUUGAUGAAAUUAAAGCAGCGGUUGACAAAGCUUGCAAAAGCCCUGUGGUAUCAUGUGCUGAUAUCUUAGCUAUAGCCGCACGUGAUUCUGUGUCCACAUUGGGAGGUCCACUCUAUUCGUACAAAGUGUUAUUAGGCAGAAGAGAUGCAACAACCGCUAGCAAGAAUGCUGCAAACUCCAAUCUUCUUGCACCGCUUUUCAGCUUCUCCCAGCUUCUUUCUAAUUUCAAAUCUCAUGGGCUUGACCUUAAAGAUCUCGUAGCUCUUUCUGCUGCCCACACCAUUGGAUUUGCACACUGCUCUACCUUUCUAAACAGGAUCUAUAAUGACACCAACAUAGACCCCAAGUUUGCAUCUGCUUUACAGGGUACGUGUCCUAAAAGUGGUGGACAUAACAAUUUGGUUGCAUUGGAUCAUGCCACUCCUACAAUAGUUGACACUUCAUACUAUACGGCUUUGCUGAAUAAGAAGGGUCUCCUCCAUUCGGAUCAAGAGCUAUUCAAGGGUGAUGGUAGUGAAAGUGACACAUUGGUUCAGCUCUAUAGCAAGAACCCAUCUGCUUUUACUAGAGAUUUUAAAUCUUCCAUGAUCAAGAUGGGUAACAUGAAGCCUCUUACUGGGAAUGAGGGAGAGAUCAGAGUAAAUUGCAGAAAAGUCAACUAA